AUGAAGUUACUCACUGCAGCACUGUUUUUCAUCCUUUUGAUCCCACGGCAGCGUUCCUGUGCUGUGAGUCCCACAGGCUGCGAUGCUGCUGAGCCCGUGGCUGGGAAAGCUCUAGACCUGAUCAGUAAAGGACGGGGGGAUGGCUACCUUUUCCAGUUGCUGCGGGUCGCUGAUGUGCACUUGGACAAAGGAUCCACAGCUGUCUAUUAUUUAGUCUUGGAUGUGAAAGAAUCUGACUGUUCAGUCCUAUCCAGGAAACACUGGGAUGACUGUGAGCCAGCUGUUUCUAUACGUCCAUCUGAUACGGUGAUUGGACAAUGUAAGGUAAUAGCUAUAACACGUUUGGAUGGGUCUCAGAAUCUUAGAGUGAAUGACUUUAACUGCACCACAAGUUCUGUCUCUUCGGCACUGGUCGAUACUGAAGACCGCCCAGUACUCUCAAAUUUCUUUGAGGAUACUGAGCUCUACAGAAAACAAGCUGACAAAGCCCUGGAGAAGUACAAAAGGGAGAAUGGUGACUUUGCUUCUUUCAGAGUGGACAAAGUGAAGAGGGUUGCAAGAGUUAGAGGAGGGGAAAGAACCAAUUACUACCUGGACUUCUCUGUGAGGAACUGCUCCAGUCACCACUUUCCCAGGCACUCUCAUAUCUUUGGAUUCUGCAGAGCAGAUUUGUCCUAUGAUGUAGAAGACUCUGACUUGGAAACCCCAAAAGACAUUGUCAUAAACUGUGAAGUUUUCAAUCUUAAGGAACAUAUAAACAUCAGUGGUGUGAAGCAUCGUUUGGGCCUUCCCCUCCACUCUGGUGAGCAUGAGCGUUCUCCUGCUGGCAGGCCUCCAUUUAAGCCCAAUGGAUCUAGAACUCACCAUAAUCCCCACAAGUCACAUAACUUUAGAUGCCCACCUCUUCUAGAAGACAAAAAUUACUCAGACAGUCCACCAUUUUGAGCAGGAGUUCCUCUACCAUUGCCCCCUCCAGGGUCAAGAUGCCAUCACCCUCAUUUUGACACCAGUGGGACCCAUGGGGCCCCUCAUAAUCAUAGUUCUGGUGAGUGCCGUCCUCACAGACACCAUCCCCAUGGACAUCGUCCCCAUGAACACCAUCCCCAUGGCCAUGAUUUCUAUGACCAUGGACCCUGUGAUCCACCACCCCAUAGCCAAGGUCCCCAAGACCACCAUCGCUGAGGCCAUGGCCCACCACCUAGGCACUCAGAAGAAAGACGUCCAGGUAAAGGACCUUCCAUUGGAGACAAAUUGAAUAUGUUCACUGACUCCCUCCACUAAAGAAAGGUGAAGUUCUGCCUCUUCCCGAAGCAAGUUUUCCCAGCUUCUCAUUGCCAAACCACAAUAAUCCCCUACAGCCAGAGAUUCAGGCCUUCCCCCAAUCAGCCUCUGAAUCAUGUCCAGGAGAAUUCAAGAAUGAGUUUCUACAAAUCUCAAAGUUUUUUUGCAUAUACAGUUCCAAAAUAAAAUCUGAUUCCUGAACU